AUGGCUCCAACAACAGUUCUCAUUACUGGUGCCAAUUCUGGCGUCGGCUAUGCUACGACCCAAGUCCUAGCCAGUGCAUCAGAGAAAUUCCACAUCAUCCUGGCCUGUCGCUCUCUCGAAAACGCAGAGAAAGCCAAGUCGGAGAUCGAAGCAGCCGGAAUAAAAGGCACCUUAUCCACCGUCCAGCUCGACGUCACCAACUCGGAAUCGGUAAAGCAAGCCGCCGAGCUAGUCGGCACUAAAUUUGGAACCCUGGACGUCCUCAUCAACAACGCCGGCAUGGGUAGCCAAAAUCCAGACGUGAAGACACGCUUCCAAGAAACCCUAGAGGUCAAUGUUAUCGGGCCUGCGGUGGUAGCUGAAGCCUUCAGGCCUCUGCUGCUGAAGGCAGAGAAGCCAUAUUCGAUCUACGUUACGAGCGGCCUGGGAUCGCUGGCUGCCGCGAGUGCUUCUGGCUCUGAUUUCCCAGGCGCAGAUUGUUACUGCACCAGUAAGGCGGCACUCAACAUGCUCAUGAUGCGGGAAUGGGUAGCGUUCAAGUCGAAAGGCCUAAAGUCGUUCGCCAUGUGCCCGGGGUUCGUGAUUUCCAAUCUCCGUGGUAAGAGCGAGGAAGCGAGGAAUGGGGGCCGUUUUGGCCAAGCUGAGGAUCCAAAAACUUCUGGCGAGCUCGUUCUGAGCAUCAUUGAAGGAGAGAGGGAUUCCGAUGCAGGUGGCUUUGUUCAAAAGGAUGGUGUCUGGCCCUGGUGAGGAUGACGUCUUGCGGGCGUUCACGACGGGGACAGCCUAAUACUUGUAGUGUACUUCUGCUGGAAAUCUGAAGUGUGGGGAGGGGAAGUCUUGCGAUGUACUUACGCCCUCUAAAAUGUGGUGAAUUGAUGGAUUCGAUUCACAGCGCACAGAAUGUUAC